GGGGCGGGGUUGAGGUGGGCGGGCCUGGACGUGGGGAGUGAAAGCGAAAGCCUCGGCCGCGAGCCGGGAGACCAGAGAUCUAGCAACUGGAGCAGCAUGGCCAAGCCUUGUGGGGUGCACCUGAGCGGGGAAGCCCGCAAACAGGUGGAUGUCUUCAGGCAAAACCUUUUCCAGGAGGCUGAGGAAUUCCUCUACAGAUUCUUGCCACAGAGAAUCAUAUACCUGAAUCAACUCUUGCAAGAGGACUCCCUCAACGUGGCUGACCUGACCUCUCUUCGGGGUCCACUGGACAUUCCCAUACCAGAUCCCCCACCCAAGGAUGAUGAGAUGGAAACAGAUAAGCAGGAGAAGAAAGAAGUCCCUAAGUGUGGCUUUCUCCCUGGGAAUGAGAAACUCCUGGCUCUUCUUGCCCUGGUUAAGCCAGAAGUCUGGACUCUCAAAGAAAAAUGCAUUCUGGUGAUCACAUGGAUCCAGCAUCUGAUCCCCAAGAUUGAGGACGGGAAUGACUUUGGUGUGGCAAUCCAGGAAAAGGUGCUGGAGAGGGUGAAUGCAGUCAAGACCAAAGUGGAAGCUUUCCAGACGACCAUUUCCAAGUACUUCUCUGAACGGGGGGAUGCUGUGGCCAAGGCCUCUAAGGAAACCCAUGUAAUGGAUUACCGGGCCCUGGUGCAUGAGCGAGAUGAGGCGGCCUAUGGGGAGCUCAGGGCCAUGGUACUGGACCUGAGGGCCUUCUAUGCUGAGCUUUAUCAUAUCAUCAGCAGCAACCUGGAGAAAAUUGUCAACCCAAAAGGUGAAGAGAAGCCAUCUAUGUACUGAGCCCAGGACUAGAAGGAAAAUAAAUGACCUAUACUUUGUGUAGAUUAC